AUGGCCACUGGACCUCAGAUCCUGGAGCCUAUGGAAAAUGACCCGAUCGCUCAAGGGGUUCUCAAGUAUGGUUCUAGGACCCCAGAAAGGGUCUGUAGGGGUCUGAGAAGGCAAAACUAUUUUCAUCAUCAUCAGACAUUAUUUGCUAAUGAAGCCCUCUUGUUUUCUCUCUCAGGACAUCAUGAGAUCCCUCUGUCUGCUUCUACCACAAUCCUGGAGAAAUUCCCCCACAAACUGCCCCGACAUCCUGAAAAUGUGAUCCCUGCUGAUUCAGAGAAGAGUUUUGACGAGGUUAUCAAAAUAGUUGACCGGCACACAGAAGAACCAACUCCUACUACUCGUCAAGAUAUUGAAUUCACUCGAACGCCAGUAAAAACAGAGGCUGCAGUGGACUCCAUGUUGAAGGACAUGGCUACAAUCAUCCUGUGUACCUUCCUUCUUAUUGGAUGGGUUGCCUUCGUCAUCACCUACCCAAUGUUGGCAAUCUGUUUGCUCCUUCCCAUCACAGCAGUGAUUGUCCGGUGCUUCAUGAAUGGAUGGAUGAAUGAAUGGGGGACGUUUGACAACCGAGCUGUGGCAGUGAAGAGGAUACUCCCAGAGUGCUUCAGUUUUGCAGACCGGGAGGUGCAGCUGCUUCGGGAAUCAGACGAGCAUCCCAAUGUGAUUCGCUAUUUCUGCACAGAGCGAGAUCGCCAGUUCCAAUACAUUGCCAUUGAACUGUGUGCAGCCACUUUGCAAGAGUACGUGGAACAGAAGGACUUUGCCCACCUUGGCUUAGAACCCAUCACCUUGCUGCAGCAGACAACCUCGGGUCUUGCUUACCUUCAUUCCCUCAGCAUUGUUCACAGAGACCUGAAACCCCACAACAUCCUCCUGUCCAUGCCCAAUGCACAUGGCAAGAUCAAGGCUAUGAUCUCUGACUUUGGCCUCUGCAAGAAGCUGGCCGUAGGAAGACACAGUUUCAGCCGCCGCUCCGGGGUACCAGGUACCGAGGGAUGGAUUGCCCCAGAGAUGCUGAGCGAAGAUUGCAAAGAGAAUCCGACUUACACUGUGGACAUUUUCUCUGCGGGCUGUGUCUUUUACUAUGUGAUAUCUGAUGGCAACCACCCAUUUGGCAAGUCCCUGCAGCGGCAAGCCAACAUUCUUCUUGGUGCCUACAGCCUUGACUGUUUGCACCCAGAGAAGCACGAAGACAUCGUUGCUCAUGAACUAAUAGAAAAAAUGAUUGCUAUGGAUCCUCAGAAACGGCCCUCAGCCAAGCAUGUGCUGAAACACCCAUUUUUCUGGGGCUUAGAAAAGCAACUGCAAUUUUUUCAGGAUGUGAGUGACCGAAUAGAGAAGGAGGCCCUAGAUGGUCCCAUAGUGAAGCAGUUAGAAAGAGGAGGGAGAGCAGUGGUCAAAAUGGACUGGAGGGAAAACAUAACUGUUCCACUCCAGACAGAUCUUCGAAAAUUCAGAACCUAUAAAGGGGGUUCUGUAAGAGAUCUUCUCCGUGCUAUGAGAAAUAAGAAGCACCACUACCGGGAGCUCCCCGAGGCUGUGCAGGAGACCCUGGGCUCUAUCCCCGAUGAUUUUGUCCGUUAUUUCACAUCACGGUUCCCCCAUCUCCUCUCCCACACCUACCGAGCCAUGGAACUGUGUGGCCACGAGAGACUCUUCCAGCCUUACUAUUUCCAAGAGACCACAGAACUGGGACCCCCAGUCACAAACGAUGGUCUCUGAAAAAAGUGAAGUCCUCUUUAUUCCCAGGGGCCAACGUGAGGACUAAGAGAUUGGCCUUUGUGACCCAGCCUUUGGAAUCCCCUUGGCUCAGAGAGCCAUGAGAGAGAAGCCGUGCUUCUGAAAUUAAGUGCCUUGGACUGCCUGCCGUGUUCUGCAGCCAGAGCAGGGGAAUCCUGAAUCCUUGGACGUGGAAGAAGCAGCUUCUAAUAACCAAAGGGAAAUUGAGAGAUUCA